UAGAGUAAUCAACCAGGGUCACACUGUUUAUUGUUUACAUCGCUUGUUUAAGAUUUCUUAUUAGAAUUUAAAACAUGGUUUGCGCUUUGGGCAUUGAAGGCAGUGCCAAUAAAAUUGGCGUGGGCAUAAUUAAAGAUGGUGAAGUACUGGCCAAUGUAAGGAGAACAUAUAUAACCCCACCAGGAGAAGGUUUCCUUCCCAAGGAGACGGCCAAACAUCAUAGGGAAGCCAUCCUGGGCUUGGUGAAAGCCAGUUUAAAGGAAGCCCAAUUAAAGCACUCCGAUCUGGAUGUUAUUUGCUAUACAAAAGGUCCAGGAAUGGCCCCUCCUCUGCUCGUUGGAGCCAUUGUGGCCCGCACGUUGUCACUUUUGUGGGAGAUCCCACUCCUGGGUGUGAAUCACUGCAUUGGCCACAUCGAGAUGGGUCGCCUAAUUACCGGUGCCCAGAACCCCAUCGUUCUCUAUGUCAGCGGUGGAAAUACCCAGGUUAUUGCUUACUCCAAUAAGAGAUAUCGUAUCUUUGGAGAAACUAUUGACAUCGCCGUGGGCAAUUGUUUGGAUCGAUUUGCCCGCAUCAUCAAGCUGUCUAACGAUCCCAGUCCGGGAUACAACAUCGAGCAGCUGGCCAAGAAUAGCAGUCGAUAUAUUAAACUGCCCUAUGUAGUCAAAGGAAUGGAUGUAAGCUUUUCUGGAAUUCUUUCGUAUAUAGAGGAUCUGGCUGAACCGGGAAAGAGACAAAAUAAAAGGAAGAAGCCGCAGGAAGCAGAGGUCACAGAUUACACCCAAGCGGAUCUGUGCUACUCACUACAGGAGACCAUCUUCGCCAUGCUGGUAGAGAUCACUGAGCGGGCCAUGGCUCACUGUGGUUCUAAUGAGGUUCUGAUAGUAGGAGGAGUGGGCUGCAAUGAGCGACUCCAAGAAAUGAUGCGUAUUAUGUGCGAGGAGCGUGGAGGCAAACUCUUCGCCACCGAUGAACGUUAUUGCAUAGACAAUGGUCUUAUGAUUGCCCAUGCCGGAGCAGAGAUGUUCCGCUCUGGCACCAGGAUGCCCCUGGAAGAAGCUUUUGUAACACAGCGAUACCGCACGGACGAAGUGCUGGUCAGCUGGCGGGACGACUAAUCACAAAAGGACUAAUUAGUGUGCUUCGUUUGUUUAUUAAAUAACUACUUCCUGUAA